CCCGCCCGCUCGCCGGCUCUCGCAUGCUCUCGCUCUGCCUCGGACACUCACACGCAGGCUCAGGCGCUCAGCUCACUUCCUGAGCGGCUGCGGCGGAGCACUGAGAAAGAGAGAGAGAGAGAGAGAGAGAGAGAGAGAGGAGAGAGGACAGGCACCAGCACAGACGUCGAGAGAGAGGGACACAAUCACAGAGAGAGAGAUAGAGAGAGAGAGGAGCAGGAGGCAGGAAGAACUGGAUAGUUGGUGGCUCACUCCCACACCUCAUCUUCACUUUGCUGGGACACACACAGAAUUGAUGUCCAAAGAGGCAGAGUUGGAUGUGAGAGGCAGCGAGUGCGACACGGCCCCACCAGAGCCCGACACAGACCCCGAGUCGCCCAGGUCACCCCCGGCUGAGCCCACCGCACCCGGCCGCGCGACUGGCGCUUCCACCAGCAUCCCCUCCAGCAGCCACGGUAGCAGCGGCGGCGGCGGCGGCGGGAGGAGCGGCAGCAGAAGCGGUCUGGGUGGCAUUAGUAUCGUUAGCAGCAGCGCUGAGGGAGCAGGCGAAAGCUCCAUGCAGUUCAGCACCAGACCGCCGAGUGCUGAGCAGCCGGGCUUCAUGGGGACAUGGCAGCAGCAGAGCACUGACAGCAACCUCCUCUACAGAAUGUCCCAGCAGGGUGCUGUAACGCGGCUUCCUUUGAAGUGCGACAGGUCGACAAUGGGCCGAGACCUGGAAGAGGCCAUUCGCUGCACACUGGUGAACUGCACAUGCGAGUGUUUCCAGCCAGGAAAGAUUCACCUACGGACAUGUGACCAGUGCAAACACGGCUGGGUGGCUCACGCCCUGGACAAGCUCAGCACCCAGCACCUCUACCACCCGACCCAGGUGGAGAUCGUCCAGUCCAACGUGGUGUUCGACAUCAGCAGCCUGAUGCUGUACGGCACGCAGGCCGUCCCCGUCAGGCUCAAGAUCCUGCUGGACCGCCUCUUCUCCGUGCUCAAGCAGGAGGAGGUGCUGCACAUCCUGCACGGCCUGGGGUGGACCCUGCGCGACUACGUCAGAGGCUACAUCCUGCAGGAUGCUGCAGGCAAGGUGCUGGACCGCUGGACCAUCAUGUCCCGAGAAGAGGAGAUCAUCACCCUGCAGCAGUUCCUGCGGUUCGGUGAGACCAAGUCUAUUGUGGAGCUGAUGGCCAUUCAGGAGAAGGAAGGUCAGGCAGUUACAGUUCCCUCCUCCAAGACAGACUCCGGAAUUAGGACAUUCAUUGAAAGCAACAACAGGACCCGCAGCCCAGGGCUCCUGACACAUCUGGAAAACAGUAGCCCUUCAAGCAUUCACCACUUUGAAAAUAUCCCCAACAGUUUAGCCUUCCUCUUGCCCUUUCAGUACAUCAACCCAGUCUCUGCCCCCAUGCUCGGCCUACCCCCAAAUGGCCUGCCUUUGGAGCAGUCUGCUCUCCGGCUCCGGGAGCCCAGCCUCCCAAACCAAGGAGAGCAGGUAGAAACCAGCGAGUCUGAAGUGUCCCUUUCACCCUUCCGUACAGGUCAAAGUCCUAGCCGUGGAGGCCUAGGAAACAUUAACAACAUAGAACCCAAGACAGAGCCCAAUAACCGGGCAUCACCCAUCUCGCCAACCCCUUCCACUCAGCAAGCCCAACAACAGCAACAACAACAGACACAGCUCCAGCAGCAGCAACAGGGCCAGUCGCAACCUCAAAGUCAGCCACAGCAAACCAACAGCUUGAGUGACCAUCAGGUUCACCACCACUUUGUGAAGGAUGAGCAGUCGAAAACAAUCAGCCAUCCUUCUUUUUCUUCCAAGAUGCAUCGUAUGCGCAGGAUGGGAUCAACCUCACGCAAGGGCCGUGUGUGCUGCAACUCUUGUGGCAAAACCUUUUAUGACAAAGGUACACUUAAAAUACACUAUAAUGCUGUCCACUUGAAGAUUAAACACCGUUGCACCAUUGAGGGCUGUAAUAUGGUCUUCAGCUCGCUACGCAGCCGUAACCGUCACAGUGCCAAUCCAAACCCACGGUUGCACAUGCCCAUGUUGCGCAAUAACCGCGACAAAGACCUAAUUCGUGCCAAUUCCACCAGUGGCACACCUGUCAUCUCAAGCACCAAGAACGGUGGCUUUACACUCACUAGCCCUGGAAGGCCGCCACUAGGCUUCACCACUCCACCAGUAGAUCCUAUGCUUCAGUCACCCCUUCAAAGUCCAUUGGUGUUUCCCUCCCUGAAGUCAGUCCAGCCAGUACAACCAGUGCCCCCCUUCUACAGAACUCUACUGUCCCCUGCGGACCUUGUCAGUCCUCCAGUGUCACUGCCCACCAGCCCCAUACUGCCCACCACCACCAACAGUACUACCCUCAUGGACCAGCAACAGCAGAUGCUGGCUGCUGCUGUGGCUUCACACAAUCAUAUUCAGGUGUCAGAGGGAGGGCCCAUGUCCCAUCGUUUACCAACACCUAGUGCCAAUCAUGACUUUACCACUGGAAACAGUGACCCCACGCCCAAAAAGAAGCCCCGUAAAUCCAGCAUGCCUGUGAAGAUUGAAAAAGAAGUCAUUGAUGUGGCGGAUGAGUACGAGGACAAAGAUGAGGAUGACGAGGAUAACAUCCACCACAAUCAUCACCACCAGUCAUCCCUUCUUCACAACAAUAUCAAAAUGAAUGGAAAUUGCAACAACAGUGGCACUGGGAACCACAGUGGUGGAAGUGGGCAGCAGUCCCCUUCCAACGAUGAGAUGAGCCCUGGUUUAGCUCUGAGAGGCAUGAUCAGACAAAGUGAAGACGAAUGCCGGGAAGGAGCUGGAAAUGACAGCAGGAGUGGAAACGAUCUUCGAGGCUCAGGUGAGCUGCGCUGCAUGGAUAGCUUCACCUCUGAGGAGCAGGACCACGAAAGAGACUUUGAGAAUGAGUCUGAAACGUCAGAUUCUAAGAUGUUCUACCGUGAUGAGCUGAUGGAGGUGGAGGAACAACAAAAGCAGAGCAGGGGUAGAAGGGGUCUGGACAAGGAACACGAUGAUGAGGCUAGUGAGGAAGCCCAUUUAAGAAAGGAAAUGGAAGGAAAGGGUCACUCAUCACCCUCUCCUCAUCAACAGUCUAUCAAGAUCAAGGAGGAAUUCAGUGAUCCAACCUACGACAUGUUCUGCAUGGGACAAUACGGCCUCUACAAUGGAGGCAUGGCUGCAGCCGCUGCCGCUGCAGCGAGCAUGGCUGCCCUGCACGAGAGCUUCAUCUCAUCGAUGGGAUACGGUGCCAGUCCACCCAAAUUCCCAUCUUCCCACUCACCAGACGGAGACCCCUGUUCAAGUCCUGACCCCAAGAUCUGCUGUGUGUGUAAGAAGAGCUUUAAGAGCUCCUAUAGCAUGAAACUGCACUACAAGAACGUGCACCUCAAAGAGAUGCACGUGUGCACAGUGGCCGGCUGCAACGCUGCCUUCCCGUCACGGAGAAGCCGAGACAGGCACAGCUCCAACAUCAACCUGCACCGCAAACUGCUGACCAAAGAGCUGGACGACAUUGUCCUGGACCCCCAACUCACGCCACUGCCCAAGGACCUGCGAGCUGAGUUACUGGCCAAGAUCUAUGCCGGGCACCACAUGGGCUUGGACCCUAUGGCUGGAAUGGGCAUUGGUGGCGCCAACUUCGGGCCCACUAGCCUGAACCACAAUGCCCGUUUCCCCAUGAGCAACGAGUACCCCCACCAUCCUCUCAAUCAAGACCUCAAACACCACCACGCCAACGGCUUCUCCCGGAGCCAGCCGGAUGACUAUGUGGUGUUGGACCUGAGCACCACAUCCAGCGUUCAGUCCAGCAGCAGCGUGCACUCGUCACACGAGUCAGAUGACGGCAGCGACGAAGGCAUCCUAUUGGAUGACUUGGAGGAGGAGGGGGGAGAGGAGGAUGAGGAGGAGGAGGGCAACAGCGAGGGGGAGGACUGCUCCCAGCGCGCCGAGAGGCGGGUUGAGGAAGGGCAGCGGGACGAGGCCGGGGAGCUACGAGGAGAGGGCUUGGAAUCGUCCUCCUCGCCGUUCUUCCUGUCGUCCACGGGCGGCGGCAGCGGAGGCGGCGGCGGCGGGAUCCUCUGCAGCAUCUGCCACAAAAUGUACAGCAACAAGGGGACCCUGCGCGUCCACUACAAGACUGUGCACCUGCGCGAGAUGCACAAGUGCAAAAUCCCCGGCUGCAACAUGGUGUUCAGCUCCGUGCGCAGCCGCAACAGGCACUCACAGAACCCGAACCUCCAUAAAAACAUGCCCUUCGCCACAAUAAUAGACUGAAUAAUGACUUAAUGCUCUACCCUCCUGUCACCCCUCCUUUCAUUCCUCAUCCUUAUUCCUCCUCAAAUUAGCUUUUAACCCCAGCCCCUCACACACGAGCUAAAUGCUUGUUUGCCUCCUGUAAGUCACUGCAAGACAUUUCUGUCCCUCUAUAAAAUCCAAUGACUUUAAAUGCAGUUUAUUAUCGAGACCUUUGACUUUUCCUUCUUUGGAAGAACAGAACAGGACGACACUCUCAAGCAUGGAGUUUGCUUUAUAAAAAAAAGCUCCUUGUUUUCAUAGGCCCCUCCAUCUUUCUUUUUUGUCUUCUGCCGACUUUAUUUUUAUCGUUCGUCUCCAAAGAAUCUAUUCAAACUCUUAUUUGUGACUUUGCCUGCAGAAAUGAUAGUAUUGAGAAAAAACUGAAAAUCUUCUUGUUGUAUUUGUGCAAUGAUAUCUUUUAAAUGAAACCCCUUACAAAAGCAUGACAGCUUCAUUUGUAAAUAAUGUCCCAAAAGGCUUUUAGUGUAAAAGAGUUGUGUUGAUGGUUGUUUGCUUCUUUUUUUCUCUCCUCUCUUUAUGGUUUUACGUUACAGUCCAGUACAAUACUUCCAGCUAUAGGCAAGAAAAAGGUAGCAUCUUACUAGCUUGACUCAUUUAUGUUAGCUUCAAAGACACGUUUCAACUGAGUCCUAGAAAAAAAAAAAGAGAAUCACGUGACUUGUAUCUACUUGUGGGAUAUUCAGAGGUUGCCGGCAUGCUUUUUUAGGCUCCUACACUGAUAUCUUUCUCUGUAUUUCUAUUGAUUUUUUUGUCCGUUAUGUUUAUGAGCUUUAGUAUAACAGUUGAGUUUUUGCACUUUGCAUCUAUACAAGGGGACGUGUAAUAUUAUUAUAUGAGGACUUUUGCAAUGAUGAGUUUAGGUGUUGUUCGGGGUCACUGAUGGCUACAGAGCCGAGGAAAAUGACAGUACCUUCAGCCACUUUCUUCCUGCACCUGCUCCGUUUUAGACAUUCACACAACAGACGCAGCCCUGAACAAAAUCUAAAAGCUCCUCUCAUCUCAAAAACACACUCAGAAGUUGUCUUGCUAAUUAAAUACAUUAAUCCAGUACCUGUGGUAAUUACUAUUGUGGAGCGACCUGUAGGAUGCAUGACUAAAAGCAUCUCAUGGAUUGGGAGGAAAAGAAAAUGAACUAGUUCCACAACUGUGACCAAAAUCAAAGUGUUGGCUAAAGGAGAUCUCUCUGCGUGUGACAUUGUGCUUAACUCGUGCCCCAUUAGAUUCAUUUGAUGCACUGUGAUAUGUCCACUCCAUUUUCCUGCCUGUUGCUUACAGCCAUUCAGAACGUGUCCAUGACUGUCUUACGGUACAAAGAUUUCCAGUAACUGGGCAAAGUAGCCAAGGGAAGGGGUAUUUAUUGGUGGGUGAUGUAUCUUCAUGGAGAUGGUUUUGUCCAGUAUAAGAUUUUUUUCCUUUCUCCUUUUGUAAAAAGACAAAAUAAUCGAGAUUCUUCCUCAUUUUGACUUGUUUAACGUUGUAUAACCGAUGCCAUGUGUUACUAUACUAGAAGAUCUUCUCUAACUUGACUGGUGCUACACACAGGGGAACAUAUGCAGUGUUAUGUGGUGUGCUGUACAGUAUUCACAACAUCUUACAUCAGUGUUGAGUUCCAUUUGUCUCGCAUUGAAGCCAAGCUACAAUAUAGACAUGACCUAUUCUGCUGAAAUAUUUCAUGUCUUUUUUUAAGGCCCUACCUAUAUGACACAUGCAGUUUUCAGUCCUCUCCUUUCGAGAUGAAGCGAGCGAGACGAGGCGCUGAGGCUGACGGAAAGGUUGCGGAGGUGGAGGGCUGACUAGGGAGGACGGGAUGACAGCCACGAUCAUUAAAAAUGUGCUGCUUCUCCGUUACCUGGAGGCGUCCCUGCCAUUCCGGCUUCUUCUGCCUAAUAACUCACUUGUCACUUCGUUACACUGCCAGACGCCAAGGUUGCUGACAAGCCGGUGACACUGACAGAGGGAGAAAAGGGAGGAAAGAGACUGCGUGCGCCGAACAAUUCGCCCUGACUCACUCAAUUCCGGUGAAUUCAAUUCAUCUAGUCAUUUUCAGACAUACUUAUGCCUCUUUGGUGUGGUUGGUAGUUCAAUUCAAUUACUUCCCCCCGUUCUGUUUUUCCCUUUGACUGUCUGAACACAGUCAUUUAACAACCGCCUUGCCCAUUUCUUCAAACCGCCACUCACUUACCACCUCUACACCCCACAGAGCAGGGUCCUACAGGGACACACACUAAUAGUGUAUGCUUAAGUUCACUGGACGGCCAUGGCAUAGGAAAAGGGAUGGGUAAUUGCCUGUUUAUCCCAAGUGAAGGGAAAAUUGAGUACAGAAACCCGUGCCUUAUCCCUGGAGUGGGUUUCACUGAGGCGCUCGUAGCCUGAUUCACUCAUUCAAUCCCUCUGGACUUCACUCUGGCAGAAAUAAAAUAAAAAAAAGCCCCGCUGACAGCUGUCUCUUUAACACACAACCAUACAGUACAAACACAAAAAGAGAGUGACACACAUUAUCGUGUGGUUUCCACUUACAGGCCAGCGGGAUGACAUAAACUAGAUGACUUGUUAACCUCUAGCGAUGGAGGAGAGAGGGGUGGUAGAAGAAAGAAACCUUGCCACAGGAAAUUAAACUCCAGCAUUUACACUCUAGUCUCUGCCUGAAAAAACAACACUGUAUGAAGUCAGAACCGAGUCAGGAAGUCCAUUACAGCUCAGCUAUCACUCAUUUCUAAACAUCCCAACGUGGUUAACAGGCUAACGAUUAAAUUAGUUUUAUCUGAAGACAGAUAAAAAGAAGAAAUUCUGAGACUAAACUGAACCCUUUAAAUUUAAAAAGCCUCACACACUCGAAAUAUCAAAAGUCAUCUUUUGACUGUGCAGUAAUCCAUCAUCUGAGGAUAGAGAACAGGUUUUCACUCUUGUUUUUGGUUCAGUUUUCACACAUUCCUUAUGUCCUGCUAUUUGCUGCCUAACACAGAAAACUGAAAAUCAUAGAUCACAGAUGAAAUUCCCUUCUCCCGCCUCCUAUGGGCUCCCACCGAGUCCCGGUUAUGCCAGUAGACCUCAGCUCUGCGAGAGGCUGGAAGCGGAGUGGAGGAGCUGGUGUGCAAACAGCUAUCCGGCAUGAGCAGGAAGACAGACGGCCAGACUGAGAGAGAGAGAGGGAGAGAGAGGUAGAAGAAAGGGCUUGGGUUUGGAAAGAGGUCUGCCUGGAGCCUCAGAGCAGCCCCUUAACGAGGCAUCAGAGGAGGGAGCAAACGAGCAGCAGAGGCGUGACUCCCCAGGACUUCACGGAGCAGCUUCUCCCCUACAUUACACCCCCCCCCCCGUCUUCUCAAAAGCCAUAGAUACAGUCUGCGUGGACCCAGGUGCACUGUGCUACCUAUGGUCCCGGCUGUGGACGGCUUAGAGCACCUCACUGCCCUAGACCACUCAAGUGAACCUUUAAUAUUUGAUCAGAGCAGCGUCGGGCAUCAAUUAUUCUGUAAUCCUACGUAGCAACCAGAGGGGAAGGAUGUGAAGGCGCUGUUAAUCACUGUCCAUGUUGUUUACGUCACUGAGUGAAUACAGUAGGUGCGAGGAGUGACACUGCAUGCAACCGGUCCAGUUGAUGUAGCUCAUGGAAGAAAUCACAAUGAGUAGAUACUUUAGUCUCAUGUGGUAGGUUGUAAAAAAAUGCCCAAAUGAAUUUGAACUGGAACCUGUGAAAUGUCAAUAAUCCUGAGACAGAUUUCUGUAAAUUCAUGAAACGAUUUUCCGUUGUGCCAAUUCUCUUUUACAGUGUUAAUGUAUAAAUACGCUUGAAGGCCUGGUAAAUUUAGACUUUUUGCUUUCACUUGUGUUUUUGUGUAUCCAAUGCAUUUGUGUGUGCGACUUGAAAACCCCAUGUUAUGGCACUGGCACUCGACAGCAUUGCAUGGCUACACAGUCACACUGCGAGAAAAAAAAAACAAAAAAAAACAAAAAAAAAAACAGAGCAGGCGCUUGUAUCACUUUGGUGUUAAAAUGGUGACUUGGAAGCCUCAUGAAUACUGUAUGUUACCGAAACAGACGUUUCCCUUUCGCAGACAGGAGGAAAAAAAGCGGUCCUCUUUUUAAGACUUGUUUCUUUUCUCCCCUUAUUUUCCUUUUUUUUUCUUGUAUUUGUUUCUGUAUCAUAACUGUCUUUGGUUUUUGCAUAAAAUGCAUAAGGGUUUUGGGAUGUAAAUGGAAUUUUAUUCAUAUUUUGUCCAAAUACCUCUUGUAAUUUGUAUCAGAAUUCUUGUACAAUUUUUAUAUUAAAGAUUUAUCAGUCA